GUCACUUUCAAGCGCCGUCGCCAUUCACCGGUCAGCGUGUGUGUGUCCCUCAGUCUGGUGACCUACUCGGUUCGUCGUUUGGAUCUCCCGUUGUUGAUUCAUAUCUGUCAGCAUGUACCGCUGUCUCGGCCUGGCUCGGUUCGUCCUCGGUUCCGCUCACAGGACCAACUUACGGUUAAUGCCUUGUGCUCGAGGACUGAGCAGUCUAAAUGUCUCGGGAGACCUUCAAGUUAGACAGCAGGAGAGGUGGAGCAGCCGGCCCACUGUGUGGAGGUCUCAGUGGUCCUCUCUGAACUUCAGCCAGCAGUCUCAUUACAGCACCCAGGAAGUGGAAAAGGAGCCAGAGGAGGAACCUCUACACACAAUCAUCAGUGAUACGGAGUCUGUGCAAGGUAGCUCCUUUAAACAUGAAUUUCAGGCUGAAACAAAGAAACUUCUGGACAUUGUUGCCAGGUCUUUGUACUCGGAGAAAGAGGUUUUCAUCAGGGAGCUGAUCUCUAACGGGAGUGACGCCCUGGAAAAGCUGCGGCACAAAAUGAUCACAGCCGGCGGGGAAACAGCUCCAAUGGAAAUCCACCUGCAGACUGAUGGUGCUAAAGGAACCUUUACCAUUCAGGAUACAGGGGUUGGUAUGAACGAAGAGGAGCUGGUGGCCAACCUGGGUACCAUCGCCCGCUCUGGAUCCAAGGCGUUUCUAGAUGCCCUGCAGAACCAGGCAGAGGCUAGCAGCACCAUUAUUGGUCAGUUUGGUGUAGGUUUCUACUCCGCCUUCAUGGUGGCUGACCGUGUGGAUGUCUUCUCCCGCUCUGCAGAGCCGGACGCCCCUGGAUACAAGUGGUCCUCUGAUGGCUCUGGAGUGUUUGAGAUUGUUGAAGCCAGCGGUGUUCAGCAGGGAACCAAAAUCGUGCUGCACCUCAAAGACGACUGUAAGGAGUUUUCCUCUGAGGACAGAGUUAAAGAGGUUGUGACAAAGUACAGCAACUUUGUAAGUUUUCCCAUCUUCCUGAAUGGACGGAGGCUCAACACUCUGCAGGCCUUGUGGAUGAUGGAGCCUAAAGAAAUCAGUGACUGGCAGCACGAGGAGUUCUACCGCUAUAUCGCCCAGGCCUACGACAGGCCACGCUACACGCUGCACUACCGUGCAGACGCCCCGCUCAACAUCCGCAGUAUCUUUUACGUCCCUGAUGCGAAACCGAGCAUGUUUGACGUGAGCAGAGAGAUGGGGUCCAGCGUGGCUCUGUACAGCAGGAAGGUCCUGAUCCAGACCAAAGCCACAGACAUCCUGCCCAAGUGGCUGCGCUUCCUACGAGGUGUGGUGGACAGCGAAGAUAUCCCUCUGAACCUGAGUAGAGAACUGCUGCAGGAGAGCGCCCUCAUCAGUAAGCUUCGAAACGUUCUGCAGCAGCGAGUGAUCCGCUUCCUUCUGGACCAAAGCAAGAAGGACCCGGAGAAGUACAACAAGUUCUUUGAGGACUACGGGCUCUUCAUGAGGGAGGGCAUCGUUACCACCCAGGAACAGGAUGUAAAGGAGGACAUCGCAAAACUGCUGAGGUUUGAGUCGUCAGCUCUGCCGGCCGGCCAGCAGACUAACCUGAUGGAGUAUGGAUCCCGCAUGAAGGCCGGCACACGCAACAUCAACUACCUGUGUGCCCCUAAUCGCCAUCUGGCAGAGCAUUCGCCUUAUUUUGAGGCCAUGAAGAAGAAAGACAUGGAGGUCCUGUUCUGCUAUGAGCAGUUUGACGAGCUGACCCUGCUUCACCUCAGGGAGUUUGACAAGAAGAAGCUGAUCUCAGUUGAGACAGACAUCGUGGUGGAUCACUACAAGGAGGAGAAGUUCGAGGACAGCAAGCCAGCAUCUGAGCGGCUGACGCAGGAGCAGGCGGAUGACCUGAUGGCCUGGAUGAAGAACGCUUUGGGUCCCAGAGUCACCAACAUAAAGCUGACUCCUCGGCUCGAUACUCACCCCGCCAUGAUCACGGUGCUGGAAAUGGGCGCAGCCCGCCACUUCCUCCGAACCCAGCAGCUCGCCCGCACUGCCGAGGAGAGGGCCCAGAUCCUGCGGCCUACUCUAGAGAUCAACGCAGGACAUGAUCUGAUCAAGAAGCUGUAUGCGCUGAAGGACACGAACUUGGACCUGGCUGGAUUGUUACUGGAGCAGAUCUACGACAACGCCAUGAUUGCAGCCGGCUUGAACGAUGACCCACGGCCCAUGAUUUCCCGCCUCAAUGAGCUCCUGGCCAAAGCUUUGGAGAAGCACUGACACCUCAGACUGAUUUCAGAUUGGACAUUAGUGGCCUGCAGCAUGAAGGCUGAGGGAGACAGGAAUAUCUGUCUCGUUUGGAAGAUCAAUUCCAACAUAUUUGAGUGCUUUGUUGCUGCAGAAGUUGGCGUUUGAGAGGUUUGAAGACAAACUUCCUGAUUUAUUUUUUAUGGACUCCCAUUCCUUUAAUGUCUGGGGGGGUGUUUGAAAGUUGUUCUAAGUCUCCAAACAUUUCAAAAUCCUGAAAAACGACUGCAUAUAGGAUUAUGGAGGGAUGGUACCCGAGCUGUUUCUGUUAUUUAAGUGGAAAAUACAAACUCAGUGAAAUAAAAAAAAAAAGUAAACCCAGAGAUCUUGGAAUAAACACAAUUUUACUGCAUUGAAACUGUCUCUGCUGUGGCUGUCAACAACACCAGAAACUUUAUCCUGUAUCCAGUCUCUCAGACACAGCGAAGUAGUUCUCAGCAGCUUUUGGGUCAGCGUUCCAGCGCUGUCAGUCCAUUUAAACCACAUCAGGGUGCUCCGAGUCAUUACACCUACAGAGAAGGCUUCAUUUCCCCUUUGGUGAGCCAUUCAGUUCUCACCUCCUGACUGGCAAAGAGCAUCUGAUCAAGUCUGGAACGUCAGCUUGUCGAUGUUGGCUAAGAAGCGCUGGGCCCACCAUUCAUCCAGAUCGAUGGGCACAAAGCCUGAAAAGGAAGGAAACAAAGAUUGGGAGCAUCGGUAUAAAAUAAAAUCUGCAGAUAAUCUUGUGAUUUAUUCUUAACAAAAGAUGAAUACUUUAUUAAAUCGUCCUAUCUUGAUUGGAAUGCAAAACAUUUGAAAGUAUUUAGUUUUUCCUAGAUUUACUGGUGCAUGUAAAGCCCUUCUAACCCGUGAUGUUUGGAACACUUCCCUCUAGUGGUCACAAUGAGAAGUUACAUCACAAGUUAAAUACUGCUUGUUUGUUACUCUUAAAAAUCUGAUCCAAUAAAUUGUCAAAACAUG